AUGUCCAAUGGACUGAACGAAAAGAAUGCGCUGUCCGAUGACGGCCAUUUGUCGCAAUCCGAGGAUGACGACUAUGCGGAAACACAUGGGAGGACGUCCGAGGACGUGAGACGGCAUGAUCAAGACACCCUGACCGCGGAGGAAGAAGCGGAGAGGCUGCUGGGAGUUAACGAGAAGGAUGCGAGGAAUAUUGCACAGAGGUUCGCAGACCGGCGAGAAGCGCGAAGCCAGCGGAGGAGGGAGGCGACGCGCAGCAAGAGAGGUCUACGCACCGCUGGCCGGAGCGAGUUGAUGUACGAUACCGAAGAAGGCCGACGAUCAAGCAGCAGCGAGGGAAGCAACUCCAGCGAGGCCGAUCUGCAGCUGCUGAAGGAGACGCAGUCAAAGCAGCGGACGACCAAGACCUCCCGAUUCGCACGUUUCACUAUGAUCCACGUCGUCAUAAUCGCCGCCUUUGUCGCCCUCGUAUACGGCGCAUAUCACGCAACAUCUCACAAGUCAAGCCCGACUUUCGUCGCUCAGACGCUGUCCAACGGCACCCACACCUUCCUCCCCACCACCCUCCUCAUCUCCCUCGACGGCUUCCGAGCCGAUUUUCUCGCCCGCAAUCUGACGCCCACAUUGAACGACUUCGUCCGCUCAGGCGUCAGCCCGCAGUACAUGACCCCUUCCUUCCCCUCCCUCACCUUUCCCAACCACUACACCCUCGUCACUGGCCUCUACCCCGAAAGUCACGGAGUCGUUGGCAAUACUUUCUGGGAUCCGAAUACGAGCAAAGAGUUCUACUACACCGAUCCAGCUCGCAGCAUGCAAAGAGAAUGGUGGAAUGCCGAGCCAUUAUGGGUGACGGCCGAGCUGGCCGGAGUGCGAAGUGCCAUCCACAUGUGGCCCGGAAGCGAAGCGCCCAUUGGCGACAUCGAACCCGCAUAUGUUGACAAAUAUAACGGGGAAGAGCUAUUGGACACGAAGAUUGACCGCAUCUUCACCUGGCUCGAUCUCCCGGGCCCCGAAGACGAGAACGCCAAGGAUGCGGGUCUUCGACCUCAACUUAUCGCGGCGUACGUUCCUGACGUUGACCGUGACGGCCACCGAUCCGGUCCCAACAGCACUCACAUCCGCGGCACUAUCGCACAAGUGGACGACAUGCUCGGCACCAUCUUUCGCAAGAUCGACGAGCGGAAUCUGACCCACAUUGUCAACAUCAUCGUGGUAUCCGAUCACGGCAUGGCCACGACAUCUAUCAAUCGCCUCAUCCAGCUCGAAGACCUCAUCGACACCUCCCUCAUCGAACACACCGAUGGCUGGCCUCUCUACGGCCUCCGCCCAUACAACUCCGACCCCGCCCACCUACAAGACCUCUACAGCACUCUCCUCGCCAAAUCUCGCCUUCCCGAAUACAGAAACAGCUUCGAUGUCUACCUCCGCGACAAAAACAUGCCGUCGCGCUACCACUUCAGCAACAACCCACGCAUCGCACCCCUCUGGAUCGUGCCCCGCGUCGGCUGGGCCAUCGUCACGAAAUCCGAGUUCGACAUCCCGCUCUCCAAACAGCGCGGCGACGAGUACAAACCGCACGGCCUGCACGGCUACGACUUUGAGCACCCGCUCAUGCGCGCCAUUUUUGUUGCACGCGGCCCCGCCUUCCCACAUCCGAAGGGCAGUCGCGUGGGCGAGUUUGGCAACGUGGAAGUCUACAAUAUCGUGUGUGAUUCAUUGGGGAUUGAGCCCAGGCCGAAUAAUGGGACUUUGAGACUACCGUUGAGGACGCAAGGGUUGCAUGAUUUUGACGCUGUGCACGGCGGGGUGAAUACGGAGGUUCCGGAGGACUUUUCUUCAUCGGACGGCGAUGGCGAUGGAUUUGAUGGGGGAAGUGGACUCGGUGGUGCAGGGGAUCUGGAUCAUUUGAAUUUCGGUGCGCCGCCAGUCAUGCCGACCGAGCCUUUGCCGCCGACGAUGCCGACAGAUCCUGUGCCGCCGACACCGCCGACCGAGCCUGCUCCGUCUGACGAAGGCGCGGAAGGACAAAAGGGCUCGCAGAGCUGGUGGGAGUGGAUGAGGGAGCAGUUUGAGAAGAUUCAGAGUUGGGCUGAUCAGCAACUUGGAGGCAAGGAAAAGGAGGACGGUCAGGCGGGGUCCUAG